AUGGAGCCCAAACCGGGCAUUCUGGAGGUCGAGGAAUCUAAGCAUGUUCAACAUGAGAAUUCUGAACACCAGGGCAAAGUUGUGCGGAGCUUGCUUUUGAGAUUAGAUUUUCAUAUCCUCCCUACGUUAGCCCUCCUCUUCCUGUGUUCGUUCCUCGAUCGCACAAAUGUUGGAAAUGCGAAGAUUUAUGGUCUUAAGAAGGAUAUCAAUAUCACGGAUCACCAAUACGAGAUUGGCUUGACGGUGUAUUAUCUCUUUUAUGUCUGCAGUGAGGUUCCGAGUAACCUAGUGCUGAAGAAAGCAUCACCAAAGAUAUGGCUGCCAUUCUUGACUAUUAUGUGGGGCAUUAUCACGAUGUGCCUGGGAUUCGUGCAGAACUAUGCUGGGUUUGUCGCUGUGCGUGCGUUACUGGGUAUUGCCGAGGGUGGACUAUUGCCUGGCAUGAUCUUGUAUUUGUCAUCGUUCUAUCGAAGGACGGAUCUUGCUCUUCGCAUUGGAUUGUUUUAUACCGCCGCCUCAUUGUCAGGUGCUUUUGGUGGUUUGCUUGCUCGUGGACUCGCCGCAAUUGGAAAUCGAGGAGGGAUGGAAGAAUGGAGAUGGAUCUUCAUAAUUGAGGGCCUCUUGACGUUCGUAUGUGGUGUCCUCAGUUACCUCCUCCUCCCGAACUCGUUGGAAUCUGCGUCCUUUCUGUCAGCCGAGGAAAAGACAGUUGGUCGUGAACGAUUAAUGCUGGAUAGUCCAAAGAGCGCCGAUGGAACCUUGGCUGCGGAGGAACAAUCAUUUAUUUGGUCAGAGGUGCGGCGAGGUUUUUUGAGUCUGCAGGUGUGGCUCUCUGCAUCUGCAUAUUUUGCCAUUCUCUCUGGAUUAUACUCGUUUGGUCUAUUCCUCCCUACCAUUAUCGAGAACCUUGGCUUUGCCAAAAAUGCUAAUGAAGUUCAACUUUGGUCUGUCAUUCCUUAUGCGGUAGCUACAGCUGUCACAGUUAUCGUGGCAAUCGUCUCCGAUCGUCUACACCUACGAGGCACUGUGAUGCUCUUCACACUCCCUAUUGCCAUUAUCGGAUACGCCGUGAUCGCCAACAUCGACUCUCCCCGCGUGCAGUACGGAAUGACCUUCCUCAUGGCUACCGGACAAUAUGCCAGCGUCCCAUGUAUCCUGGUGUGGAUGUCAAAUAAUUCAUCUGGUCACUAUAAACGGGCAACAACAUCUGCCUUGCAGCUAGCAAUUGCGAACUGUGGAGGAUUUGUCGCUACGUUCAACUAUCCCUCUAAGGAUGGCCCACAGUUUCAUCGAGGUCAUACCAUUAUCCUUGGACUUCUGGUCUUUGCUUGGCUUAUGAUUCUGUUCAACGUGCUGUAUUGCGCCAAGGUGAAUCGGGAUAAGAAAAAUGGAAAAUACGAGCAGUACGCAGAGUAUAACGAUGAUCGCAAUCCCUCGUUUAAGUUGGUUCUUUGA